CCAAUCAGCCCCCAUCCUUUGGCAAGUCCGUCUAGUGAAGGCUUUGGAGGUGUCCAGGCAAGCCAAAUCACCAAGAUCAUUGCAGCCAGGAACCUGGCUAAAGGAGAGAGGAAGACCCUGGACGCAACCACUGUGGGUGCGCCCUGCCAAGGAGGGCGGAGGGCGGAGCAGGAGAAGGGAGGGCGUGAGAGCGAGUGAGACACAAGAAAAGCUUGCGCGCCACCGCCCUCCUCGGGAGAGAGGCUGGAGUGAGGCUGAGCAGAGAACCGCAUUUCAAUGAGGACCAGCCCCGACGCAUCCGUGCACUAGCGGUUGCAACCAGACGUCCGUGAUCCGCAGCCCCAGCCGCGCCCAGCCCGGCGAGGACAGCUCCAGCAGCAGGCCACAGACAACCAACCCAGCGGCCACCCGCGACCGGUUCCACACACAAGCCAGUCAUGUCGUUUGGCAGAGAUAUGGAGUUGGAGCAUUUUGAUGAACGGGACAAGGCGCAGAGGUACAGCAGGGGGUCCCGGGUGAACGGUCUGCCCAGUCCCACACACAGCGCCCACUGCAGCUUCUACCGCACGCGCACACUGCAGACGCUCAGCUCCGAGAAGAAAGCCAAGAAGGUUCGAUUCUACAGAAAUGGCGACCGCUACUUCAAAGGGAUUGUGUACGCCAUCUCCCCAGACCGCUUCCGAUCCUUCGAGGCCCUGCUGGCUGAUUUGACCCGAACUCUCUCGGAUAACGUGAAUUUGCCCCAGGGGGUGAGAACCAUCUAUACCAUCGAUGGAGUGAAGAAGGUCUCCAGCCUGGACCAGCUGGUGGAAGGUGAGAGCUAUGUCUGCGGCUCUAUUGAGCCCUUUAAGAAGUUGGAAUACACCAAGAAUGUGAACCCCAACUGGUCCGUGAACGUCAAGACCACCUCGGCUUCCCGGGCAGUGUCUUCACUGGCCACUGCCAAGGGGGGACCCUCAGAGGUUCGGGAGAAUAAGGAUUUCAUUCGACCCAAGCUGGUCACCAUCAUCAGAAGUGGAGUGAAGCCACGGAAGGCUGUCAGGAUCCUGCUGAACAAAAAGACGGCUCAUUCCUUCGAGCAGGUUCUCACUGACAUUACCGAUGCCAUCAAGCUGGACUCGGGCGUGGUGAAGCGCCUGUACACCUUGGAUGGGAAGCAGGUGAUGUGCCUUCAGGACUUUUUUGGUGACGAUGACAUUUUUAUUGCAUGUGGACCAGAGAAGUUCCGUUACCAGGAUGAUUUCUUGCUAGAUGAAAGUGAAUGUCGCGUGGUGAAAUCCACUUCUUACACCAAAAUAGCAUCAUCGUCCCGCAGAGGCACAACCAAGAGCCCAGGACCUUCCAGGCGAAGCAAGUCCCCAGCCUCCACCAGCUCAGUCAAUGGAACCCCUGGUAGUCAGCUCUCCACUCCACGUUCGGGCAAGUCACCAAGUCCGUCACCCACCAGCCCAGGAAGCCUGCGGAAGCAGAGGAUCUCUCAGCAUGGCGGCUCCUCUACUUCACUUUCGUCCACAAAAGUUUGCAGCUCAAUGGAUGAGAAUGACGGCCCUGGGGAAGGUGAUGCGCUCGAGAGAAAACACAGCUUGCAGGGGGGAUGGAGGAAGGAAGAGUCGGAGGAAGGCUUCCAGAUUCCUGCCACAAUAACAGAGCGAUACAAAGUUGGGAGAACAAUAGGAGAUGGGAAUUUCGCUGUUGUCAAGGAAUGCGUAGAGAGGUCAACUGCUCGGGAGUAUGCCCUGAAAAUCAUCAAGAAAAGCAAAUGUCGAGGCAAAGAGCACAUGAUCCAGAAUGAGGUAUCUAUCUUGAGGAGGGUGAAGCACCCCAACAUUGUCCUCUUGAUCGAAGAGAUGGAUGUGCCCACUGAGCUGUACCUCGUUAUGGAAUUAGUGAAGGGCGGAGACCUUUUCGACGCCAUCACUUCCACCAGCAAAUACACAGAGCGGGAUGCCAGCGGGAUGCUGUACAACCUGGCCAGCGCCAUCAAAUACCUGCACAGCCUGAACAUCGUCCACCGUGACAUCAAGCCGGAGAACCUGCUGGUGUAUGAGCACCAGGACGGCAGUAAGUCGCUCAAGUUGGGUGACUUUGGUCUGGCCACCAUUGUUGAUGGCCCUCUGUACACAGUCUGUGGCACCCCAACAUAUGUGGCUCCCGAAAUCAUUGCAGAGACUGGAUAUGGCCUCAAGGUGGACAUCUGGGCAGCCGGUGUGAUCACUUACAUCCUGCUGUGCGGUUUCCCUCCGUUCCGUGGGAGUGGGGAUGACCAAGAGGUGCUUUUUGAUCAGAUCUUGAUGGGCCAAGUGGACUUCCCACCUCCGUACUGGGACAACGUGUCAGAUUCUGCUAAGGAACUCAUCAACAUGAUGCUGUUGGUUAACGUGGACCAGAGAUUUUCAGCCUUGCAGGUCCUUGAGCAUCCCUGGGUUAAUGAUGAUGGUCUCCCAGAAAAUGAGCAUCAGCUGUCAGUAGCUGGCAAGAUCAAGAAGCAUUUCAACACGGGCCCCAAGCCGAACAGCACAGCAGCCGGAGUUUCCGUCGUAGCAACCACCGCUCUUGAUAAGGAGAGGCAGGUUUUCCGACGAAGACGCAACCAGGAUGUGAGGAGCCGAUACAAGGCACAGCCAGCUCCACCAGAACUCAACUCGGAAUCAGAAGACUACUCCCCCAGCUCCUCUGAGACUGUCCGCUCCCCUAAUUCACCCUUUUAAUAAGACCCUUUUACUCCAAGCCCUAGCUUAACCCUUUUAAGACUCUGAGAUUUCCCCCUCCCCCAAACUUCUGUAAAACAGGUUCAUCUGAUCUAUCUAGCACUCAAUGCGUGAACGGCAGAACAGAAAGUAUGUUUUGGGUACCUUUGUAGCAAGCUCCCUUUACUGAAUGAGAAGGCAUGUGGUGUUUGUGACGAUGGUAAUUUGCUGCUAAUAGGGGUCCUUAAAGGGUUAAGGCCAAUUUGCAAUUUUUUUUUUAAAUAUAGAAGCAAUGAAUGUUUUCAUCAGUCGAGCUAGGGUCUGCAAUAGGUAACAGCACCUGUCAGCCCUCUUGAGUGCACAGAAUUUCCUUUAGAAUCCUUGCUGGGUAAUUUUCCAGAACCUUGGGUAUAUUCACAGACAUCUCUGGAUUUUGCUGCAGACCAAAGGGCGUCGUUAGGACCCUAAAAUGUCCACACACAAGACGAGCAGGGAGGAUGAUCCGUCGUGGAUCCUUCUCUGUGGAUUUGGAGCACAACAGGUUUUGUAACGUUCGCAGAUGCACCCCUCAUUCCUAACCAUUUUACGAAGAAGGGACUCCCUUCCCUAAGUAGUAAGGUGGUUAGCUGCAGCGGGUUCUCUGCUUUGAUCGGAGGGAAUUAGGUCUGUGGCCGCCUCACCCAAGUGAUGGACGGUGUCUCUCCCUGUCUCCAUACAAAGAUGUGCUGAUGACGCCCCCGAAAUGCUGCUUCCCCAUUAGCUGCUGCUAGUGCCAGGCAGACCCUAGGGGAACCACCUAGCCUUGGCUUGUGCUCGGUGAGUUGGGGUCUGUCUGCUCAGAAUCAGGAAAGAUCUAGAAAUUACUGGUGACAAGAGCAAUAACUUACCAGGUGCUCUACAGGGCUGGCAUUCCAACCAGCGAGGGAACGCAAGGUCCCGUGUUUCCUUCUUCUCAGCUGCUUUUACACGGGACUGUAGCCACCAGUGGGAAACCAACACGGAAUUCGAAAGGUCUGGGGCGAGAGGGAGCAAGAGGCGAUGCUUUGCAAAGUGGCAGAUGAGAAAGUACAGUGGGAACACAAUCCAAGAGGGUCUAAGGAUGAGUUUCAGAGAAACAAGCCAGUUCCAUGAGUCAUUCUAGGCACCGGCAAGUCUCGCAGAAGACACCCGAGGCUGAAACCGCCAUUCCCCCUCCUGAUUUUCUUUACUGGGGCUUGGUCUCCAGUCAUCCAGGAGAGAUGUGCCGCUUUUGUGGUGUCGGGCCGGGGCCUGAUUGGGAUUCAUUUUUCACUCUUGCUACCCAGUCUGUCUCCCUAGACCCGUGUUUCUUUGGGAGCUGAUCGCAUCUCAGAAUAUGGGCUUUGUUGCUUCCAGUUUUUGUGUCCUUGAUCCAAAAGGAUUCAGGGGUGCCUGGGAAGCCUGACCCAAUGCAAAUGUUGCCCUAAUGUUUUCUCAGCUUUGACCCAGGGAAGAAUAGUGAUAGACUCCAGAAUGGGUACAAGUGGUCUUUCCUUUCUCAUUCUUAUUUUGAAUGUAUUUUAGUGUCUUGAAAGUUACGAACAACCUUUCCAUCGUCCGGUCUUUCUUUUCGAACUCCACGCUGAUCUUCAACUAUUGUAUUUAUACACAGUCUUUAUGUUCUAUGCAUGUAUGGACUUUUACAUGACAGAAUCCCACAUUUGCUGGUCUUCUAUAUUUAAAUCAACAUCUAUUUAGUUUUUUUUUCUUUUGAGAGCCCAGAAAUGAUAGCACGUAAAAGUACAAAGUCGUAUAAACCAGCAUAUUCUUUAAAUUGCAUGUUGGGAGGAGACAGAGCACAGACCACCAGGAAGGGUUCUGGUUUGUAGACAGAGUUCAUAUUGGUGAAGGACCUAGAAGUGAGCAGAAAUCACUACUUUCUCUGGGACAGAAAGACAAAGCACUUUUAUUCUAAGAUUAACAAGCAAUGGCAUAGCUGAGCCUCAACGCCACGUAUGAGACUAUAAGAUACUGUAUGGGCAAUAGCAGAUUGCCACCUUCUCUGAAUUACUGCUUUCCCCUUGGUCAUUAACAUACGGCCAUAGCAUCCAGUGCUACAGGUCCAUAGUGAGGGCUCUGGUUUUUAUCUAUCAUCAUUUAUGGGAACUCAAGAGGCUUCCUCAUCAUGCCGCAGAAGGACAGAUCAGAAGACUUCUGAGCCCAUUCAGAAAAAAAGAUGGCAGUACACCCCUAUAGAGUUUCAGUGAUCUGUGCUGAAUAAACAGUGGGAUCUGCCCUGCCAAGUAGAAAGAUUGAGCAGGCAGAUGGACUGCGGUAAUUCAGUCGUCUUUCCAGCAUUAAGCUACCAAGAUCUUAGACAUCAGAGGUGCAGCUCAGAGGGCGAACAGACAGACACGCGUGAAUGACUCUGUGCGCCCAGACUGCUUUGGCCAGCCAACACUAAAUUCUCCCCCUCUUCAACAUUCUCGGAAUAGUUCCAGUUUGAAAUAAUUAAGCGGUGGUGUUCUUUGAAUUUCUAUAACCAAAUCAACCCUAUUAUUUGAUAUUAUUUUUAUUUUGUGUAUCAUAGAACAACUAUGUGCUAUGAUGGCUGUGUAUCUCUGUAAUUAUUCACUUAACCAUCAUGAGUGUUUCCAUAUUUUUGAGUAUUGAAUAUAACUCUUAUGGUGGUAGUCUGGUGAUGGGAAUUGCCCUUCCUUUACUAACAGGACCAGCCCUGUGGUAUUUAAAGGAAUCGUUCCAUUUGAGAGUAGAGUAGUUGAACCACCCUUCUCUCCUUGCUUCCUGUAAGUCAAUUCUGUGGAUGAGACCCUCUCAUAUUAAUGAAUACAUUUACCCCCUCCACACUGUAGCAGAAGCCACUUUCUUCAUCGUGAUCAAUAAACGUGUGAUUUGUUCUGAACCAUUAGAAGGAAAAGUUAAGAACCUCGGUCCCCGGAAAUGUUCCGGCCGUGCCCUCAUCGGCCGCACAUGUGGUGCGUGUGUAUUAACACGAGCGGAGGAGGGAGUGGGGAGCAACAGAACACACUUGAUGUCUUGCGUUCACUGAGAUUUCCUACAACCUGCUUAGCUCUCUUAUGAGUGGUGGUUAACAGGUCUGUCAAAUACUGUUGAAAGAGCACAGUAGAUCGGUGAAUGAAGGGCUAAAAUUGCAAUCCUUUACCCUUUGAGGCAUAAUUCAGUUGUGAAAAAAAAUAGAAAGGAAGAAAGAAAGAAAGAAAGAAAGAAAGAAAGAAAGAAAGAAAGAAAGAAAGAAAGAAAGAAAGAUUGGCUCAGAGGGUCACAGGGCUUCCGAACUACCAGGACGCGACCGCGUUAAAUCACGGUUGUUUGCUGGCCGAAGGCGUUGUUAGACAACUCUAUCCUUUGUGCUGAAGUGCAGUUGUGCUGAGGGAGAGCUUUCUUCACUUUAUUGUGUUGCCGCUGGCCCUUCUCUGGGUAAAGCCCUGUCAGCAUUUCCAAGAUAAACUCCUAUUCUGCAAGGUUUUUAAUUUGACCAUAAAAAUGUGCCUCAGGCUCAAGUCUGCUAUUCAGGGCCUGUCCUAAAGAGUGGGGGGCACAUCUCAGGCCUCUCAACUUCUUCCCAACUCCGGAGUAAAACUCAACAUCUGGUACGUUGCCCUCAUUGUGAUUCCAGAGUUUCAGAACGCCCCAAGACCCAAGAUGGUAGUUUUAACAUAAUUAUUCAUUUGAACAUGCUUUUUUUAAAAAAAUGGAUCACCUAGCAUAUAUUAUAAGGUAUUUUCUAUUAUUUGUAAGUCUUUUAAAAUUACUGCUUGAUUUUUUUAAAUCUUUUCUUCCUUUUUUUCUUUCUUUUUUAUUUCUCAAAAUUUUUUUUUAUGAACUUGAAGUUGAUCAGCUAGAAGGUCCACUUUUUUCAUGAGCUGUCUGACACUUCCAUUAGUAAUUUGGAAAAAAAAACAAAAAACAAAAAAAACCCAAAAUACCUCUCUGACCUAACAGAGCUUUGGUUUGAAUGCUGCGUUGAGGGUUAGACACACACUUCUUUGGAAAUCUGGAUUUCCGAAUUUAGCCAUCAAAUUUCACGAAGCCACCCUUGUCUGUGGGGAGAGUAGCAGCUAAAAGUGAAAGUGCCCCACAAUUAACACUUUUGUCAACUCAGAUUUGAAGCCAGCGUAAAAUACCACUUCCUACUCUCGUGUUUAAGGGCAAAUAAAUCAGGGAAACUUGAGGACAUAUGAAACAUUUGGUGGCUGCAGAAGUACUUCCCAGUUGGGCUCUACGGUGCUUACACAUGGAAUAGUUAAGAACUGGGACCCCGGGAUGUCAGAUGGAAGCUUUGGUUCGUAUGUAAUUACAUACAGACGGGGGAGGUGCUCUGGGCCCUCUCUUCUUUUUUAAUCAUCUCAAAUAUGCAGCCCGCCAGCCAGUAGCAUUAAGGGUCAUAAACCAGUGGGAAACAGGAAAUCUAAGGUAGAGGUUUAGCAUGCCUCUGCUGAGGGCUUUCGGUUUGUUUGCUAUUGUUGCUGACUCUAAUGGGAGGCCUCUGUGGUCAUUUUUCGGGAAGUGAGCAUCUAACUGGCAGGUGUUGUGGUCAUGCGGUUUGCCCAUGGCGACAAAUGAGGGAUCCGGAGUCCUUGAUUUCCGUCAAGAAAAGGCAAUCUCUCUCAACUAUACCUGGACAUUUCCUCAACAUUUUUUUUUGGGGGGGGGUCAAUUAAACUGAGACCCUUAAUGUUACUUUAAUGUAAAGUUGUAUAUUUUUGACUGUGACAUACUUUAUUAAUUUAAAGUAAUUAGUGCUUAAGCCUUCAGAACUGUUAGUAUUAAGAGUAGGAUUUUAAGUGGUGUUAAACAUCCUAACAAGUUCGUUCCAAGUCAAUCAGCUGUAGUCAGGAACAGACCUUGACUGGUUUUUGGGGGCAACUUCUCACUUGCCCUUGACCCUAAAUCCUUGGUGUGUUUGAAGAAUAAAUAAAAAGAGAUUGAAACUGGUCCAAGGUUAGAGUCACAUCCUUGACAACUUUAAAAAAAAAUUAUUAGGAAAUUAAUAUUAGCCUUUUUCAUUCUGACUGAAAGAAAGUUAUUAAAGGAUUAGUUGUGCGUGAAAUUAAAUAGUAUUUUGCUUCUGCAUACUGAAGAAGUGGGUUGGGGACUUGGCACAUUUAACAAGUUUCCCGAAAGGUUUCAAUUUGGAGAAAAAAAAAGUUCAGCAUUUCCUUUGCGAUUCUGAUUUCGUCACUUGCUGCAUGGAUCCGAUGGCGUAGGUUAGUGUCUGGUUUGGGAAUCCCAAUGAAAUAACUUUCAAACAAUUUGUACCCAUGGUUAAAGGUGGAAUGAGACCCAGUUUCCCCCCAAUCCUUCAGUUUAAGCUCAUAAAUUGUAGGUGAAUGUGGAAUGAAAUCAUCUGUGAUAUAUGAUGUUCAUUUACCAAAUGAGCUCUUUUGAUGUUGCCUGUUUUUAUGUAAAACACGUUCUUAAACUAAUAAAGUAAUAUCUCUUGGUGUACACAA